AUGACGAUAUCCCCGAAUUUAGAGCGGCAGCAGAAGCAGCCGCGAGCCGCGAAUGCUGUGGCCGAUCGGACCGUCAGCGAUACGCCUUACUUGGACGAUGUGGCGAUUAGUUCCGGCGACAUUUGCGAAAAGGGGGAAGGACGGUUGCUGCUCGCAGGGGCAUGCGACAAUCGCGAAAAUGGCGGCGCAUCGGUGGAAGAACCGACAGCCGUGGGUGAUUGCGAUGGCACCAAUGCUGCUCCUGCUGCUGCUGCUGAUGAUAUUCAGGAUGAGGCGGAGGAGGAGGCGGAGGGGGUGGUGGAGGAGGAGGAGGAGGAAACAAGAGAGGAGGAGGCGGAGGGGGUGGUGGAGGAGGAGGAGGAGGAAGGCGAGGGAGGCGACGGAGAGCCGAGCCUGUGGUCAGCGUUGACGUUCGCAUGGGUGACCCCCAUAAUGCGCCUGGGCGCGCGCACAACGCUGCAGCUGGCGGACCUCCCCCCGCCUCCGCGCACCUGGCGCGCGGAUUGGCUGGACGCGCAAACGGCGCGCAUCAUGGACGGGGAGCAGGGGGAAAGGGGGCGGAAGGGGGAGGAGCGUGGGGAAAGGGGGCGGAAGGAGGAGGAGCAGUGUGAAGGGGAACAGGGGGAAAUGCGGAGGGGAAGCGGAAGCGGUCAGUUGGUGGUGUGGGGCGGAUGGAAGGCGGGGGGCAGAGGGAAGUGGCCGUUUUGGGCGGCACUGUAUUGGCCGCACCGGUGGGCGCUGCUGCUGCUCGCAGUGAUGUUUCUCGGGGAGUCGAUGCUGCAUGUUGUCAAAGCCGUGCUGCUGUAUCGCAUUGUGAGUGCUCUAUCUCGCAUAGCGAUUGCUGCCGUAUCGCAUUAUGACCAUACCUUCCGCUCCUUUCCCCUACUCUCGCUCACUCUCCAUCCCUCCUCCCCCCUCCAUUGCCUCCACCAGAUCGCCUAUCUGGAAGGGUGGCUGGGAGCACUGGCUGUGGCUCUGGCUGUGGUGACCCAGCAGCUGUGCUACCGCGCAUAUGUUGUGUCUACCAACACACGCACCGCUGCCAUUAGCGCUGUACACCGCCACCUCCUCACCCUCACCGCCAGCGCGCUGAGCCACGUCAGCAGCGGGCACUGCAUCAACCUGCUGUCCAAUGACGUGCGCCGAUUGGAGGACCUGGUGUUCUGUGGGCAAGCUCUAUGGGUGGCGCCAAUAGAGCUUGUGGUGGUCACGUGGCUGAUAGCGAGGGAGAUCGGAUGGGUGCCCACCAUCGCUGGCAUCGCCACGCAACUGCUGCUGCUUCCGCUACAGCUGGCGUGUGGCAAGUGGAGGGUGCGGCUGCGGGCGAAAACCGCGGAGGCCACUGAUGCACGCGUCAAGCACACAGAGGAGGCUCUGGGCGGCAUACUGACUGUGAAGACGCUGGCUCUGGAGGGGCCGCUCACAGCAAUCAUCCAACAAAUCAGACGGAGAGAAAUGUCCUUCCUGAAGUGGACAGCCGCCCUCAACGCCGUGACGGCUGCGCUCUACUUCUCAUUCACCUCCGUGGUGGCCCUUGUCACCUUCGCCACCUUCACAUGCCUCGGCGGGCAGCUCACCGCGGCCGUUGUGUUCUACGUGCUCACCCUCUUGGAGGUAAGUUCUGAAACGUCUCAAAACGCUGUGUUCUACGUGCUCACCCUCUUGGAGGUAAGUUCUGAAACGUCUCAAAACGCUGUGUUCUACGUGCUCACGCUCCUCGAGGUGGUGGACGCCUGUGCCCUGCGCGCAGACCUUGCCCUGUGGCCACGUGGCAACGAAUCAUUGGUGGAGGAGGGCGGUGGCAACCUCAGUGGCGGGCAGAGGGCGCGCGUGUCGCUCGCCCGGGCGGCUUAUGCUGCCCUGCACUGCUGUGCUGGCCCACCACCCUCGCAUGCUGAUGGCAAUAGCGCCGUUGCCUGCCACGUGUUUCAGCAGUGCUUGUGUGGACUGCUGGCAGGGCUGCCGCGGAUUGUCGUCACUCACCAUACACAGUACCUUGGCAGCUGCGACCGAGUGUUGGUACUGGAGGGUGGUAGAGCAGCGGCGUGUGGUGCAUGGAGUGACAUCUGCGCCCUGGCCUCUGCUCAGCAGCACUGUGACAACCCCCCUUUGGGGAGAUUCAGUGACAGUGCCGUCUGUGCCACUGCCACUGCCACUGUCGCUGCCACUGCCGCUGGCUCUGGCAGCAGCAGCACGAACACAGAUGCUGCAGUGCCGCUGCCAGAGCUGACACACAGCGCUGCUGCCACCGCUGCUGCCACCGUUGCUCACCCACAGCGCUGCACGGGCAGCGGCAGUGGGAGUGCCGUCUGUCCCACUGUCCAUGUCGUUGCCACUGGCUCUGGCAGCAGCAGCACGAACACGGAAGCUGCAGUGCCGCUGCGAGAGUUGUCGCACGGAGCUGCUGUCGCCGUUGCUCACCCACAGCGCUGCAAACGCAGCGGCAGUGGCAGCUGUGUAAAUUUCGACUUGAGCAGUGAGAGCAAGACAGAUGCACCAGCAGAAUGCACGAGGGAAUGCGAGGAGGAGCGCACUCGCAGGGACUCAGCAUUGAGAGGAAGCGAAGAUGAAUGCCCCGUCAUAGAGACAGACGUUGAGGUGGAGAGGGGAGAGGCGGUGAAGGAGGGCAUCCAAAGAGAGUCAUCGUUGAGAGGAAGCGAGGAUGUGGCGGAGAGAGCAAAGGGGGUGAAUGGGGUGGAAGAUGCAUGUAGGGAAGGGGAGUGUGUCCCACAUGGGGAGACUUCUGAGUUGAUUCAAAGAGAAUUGCCGUUGAGAGGAAGCAGUGGAGACAGCAGCGAAGGGGAGACAGCAGAGGGGGAGAAAGGGUUGGAAGAUGCAUGCAGGGAGGAGGAGAGUUUUCCACAUGGGGGCGAGGAUGCCAAGGGCUCGUUGCACAAGUCGUCUUUUGAGUCGACUCAAGAGGUUAGGGAAGGGGAGACUGUCCCACAUGGGGGGGCGAAGGGGCUAGAAGAUGCACGCAGGGAAGGGGAGAGUGACCCACAUGGGGGCGAGGAUGCCAAGGGCUCGUUGCACAAGAGGAGGAGGAGUGUGUCGCACUUGAGGAGUUACUCACUCUUCCGGAGGAGGACGGGAGUGCAGGAGGAGGAGGAGGAUGAGGAGGAGGAUGAGGAGGAUGAGGAGGAUGAGGAGGAUGAGGAGGAGGCGGAGGAGGCGAGUGGCUCCUCAGAAGGUGACGAGCAAGGCCUGCUGGACGUGGAGGGGUGGCAGCGCGGUGCCAUCCCGCUGUCUGUGUUCUGGAGUUACGCCAGAAAGAUACGCAUGCUGCCUCUGCUGCUAUUUGCUGCCCUCUUCCUCGCCGCACACGUCUCGAACGCCCUCGUCAGCUGGUUCCUGGGCCUCUGGACAGAGGCCCCCGAGACCACACCACACCCACUCCUGACCCUCACAGCCAUCGCUUUGUCCUGCGUGGCCCUCUCCCUCCUCGCCUCGCUGCUCCUCCACUUCGCCGCGCUGCGCGCCUCCUCCCGCAUGCACUCCCUCAUGCUCUCGUCCGUGCUCGCCUCGCCGCUCGCCUUCUUCCACCGCAACCCCACGGGUCGCGUGCUGAACCGCUUCAGUGAGGACCUCGGGGUGACUGACGAUGUGCUGCCCCAACUGCUGCUGGAUUUUCUGAAUCCCUUCGGCCUGUGUGUGGCGGCGGUGGUAUCGGCAUGCAUAGCCGUGCCUUGGACACUCAUCCCCAUGCUGCCGCUAUUGCUGCUGCUACUGCACCUGCGCCAUCUGUAUGUCUGCACGGCCAUGGAGGUCCGGCGCAUGGAAUGCACCACACGCUCUGUGCUGCUUGCUCGCUUCCUCGCCACCAUGGAG